AUGGGUGUGUUAGAUAAGGGAGACAGACAAAAUGCAUACGGUUGGGGAUACUCCAGAACUAGGGUUGGGAAAUGUUGUCCUGAAUAUCUAGACCUGUUUCGACCAACUUGGUCCAGCUUGAACAACAUGAAAUCAGUUAGCAUUAAAACCUGGUUUCCCUGCUGGUUUGAGGAACAUUGUAACUGGCUUUCUGCAAUUCCAAAGUGGUCUACCAGCUCUGACCAACUUGACCAAGAUGCUUAAACCAGGUACAUCAGUUGGAAGUCCAGCUGACAAACAGUCUAUGCCAGCUCAGUGCAGUUAAUUACCAUAAAUGAUCGGUCAAUCUAGAAACAAUGUAAAAUCAGCUAGCAUCAGAAGCUAGAGUUUUUCCAGCAGGGAAGUUGAAGUGGGGCAGGGUAUAAAAAAUUAUUCCCAGCAAUAUAUAAGCACCAGCAGCCAGGAUUGUGUCAUCUCCCCUCACCAGCCUCUAGUCCAGUGUGCAGAUACUUGACUAAUGAACAUUAACACUCUUUCAUUAGAAGAAUGGUCAUUUAUCUCAUGUCCUCUUUCCCAUUUCUCUCUCCCUCUCUCUUCCUCUUUCUUGCUGCCACAUUCUCUUUCAUGUUAUCAUCCCUCACGGCCUCCCACCAAUUCCCCUUCUUUCUUUAUCCUCCAUCUCUCCAUUUGUCUUCCCGUCAAAUUUAUCCUCUUUUUAAUCCUAUCACACCAUCAUUCUGUGCAUUCUUGCUGUCCCCUCCUUGUUAUUUCAUCUCUCCCUCUUUUUAUCUCUUUUUCUCUUUCUUUCUCUCUCUUUAUCCCACAUCUCCAGUCUUUGUAUGUCCUGGGACUCUAUUAAGGGUGCAGGCAGCAAGUUUGCUGCAGGAGGCGGAGCAUCAGUCGGGGGCAUGGUGUAAGGAUCCCCUCCAGUCUGGUGACCGUCUUUACGUCAUGCCCUGGACUCCGUACCGCACAGACAUGCUGUACGAGUAUGCUUCAUGGGAAGACUUCAAGCAGAAUCGAGCCACGACCACUUACAAGUUGCCAAAUCGUGUGGAUGGAACAGGCUUUGUCGUGUAUGAUGGUGCUGUUUUUUACAACAAGGAACGCACACGCAAUAUUGUGAAAUACGACUUGCGCACACGUAUCAAGAGUGGAGAAGCAAUAGUCAAUAAUGCCAACUAUCAUGACACCUCACCGUACCGCUGGGGGGGCAAGUCUGAUAUUGACCUUGCAGUGGAUGAAAACGGUUUAUGGGUCAUCUACGCUACCGAGGCCAACAAUGGACGACUUGUGGUCAGCCAGGUUAACCCCUACACUCUGCGCUUCGAGGGAACCUGGGAGACGAGCUUUGAUAAGCGACUGGCGUCCAAUGCUUUUAUGGCGUGUGGUGUUCUAUAUGCUGUCCGCUCUGUUUAUCAGGAUGACGACAGCGAAGCAGGUGGAGAUCUGGUGCUGUAUGCGUACAACACCAACCGAGCACGGGAAGAGCCCGUUCACAUCCCAUUCCCCAACCCCUACCAGUAUGUGUCCUCUGUGGAUUACAACCCACGAGACAAUCAACUUUAUGUCUGGAAUAACUACAAUGUGCUGCGCUACCCCCUAGAGUUUGGCCCACUGGAUCCCACUGCUGGUCCAUUCGGCCCCACUCAGAUGAGCAGCAGCACCACCACCGCAGCCGGACCUGUCACUUCUAGCUCCAUCCCCUCAACCAUGCGACCUCUGCCCCCAACUGCUCACCCAAUAGGGGCCAUCAACAAGGCACCAGACUUGCGACCUAUCACCGCCACUGUGCCAGUGACUCGCAGACCCCUGCGUGUCCCACCACAGGGUCCCGAGCUCCAAGUGUGUGAAGCCAGAGUAGCCCGAGGGGUGCAGUGGCCUGCCACCCAGAGGGGGGAGACUGUAGACAGGCCGUGCCCUAAAGGAUCACUGGGCAUCGCAUCCUUUCAGUGCCUGUCCUCUCCUGUGCUGUGGAGUCCUCGCGGCCCUGAUCUCAGUAACUGCACCUCGCCGUGGGUCAACCAGGUGGCCCAGAAGAUAAAAAGCGGAGAGAAUGCUGCAAACAUCGCUGCUGAGCUGGUGAACCACACGCAGGGCCGCAUUCACGCCGGUGAUGUCAGUUCCUCUGUCAGACUCAUCGAGCAGCUAUUGGAUAUAUUAGACGCACAGCUGCAAGCACUCAGACCCGGGAAUAAGGAAUCGGCAGCCAGGAACUACAAUAAGUGGCAGAAGAGAGAGAGGACCUGCCGGGCUUAUGUUCAGGCGGUUGUGCAGACUGUGGAUAAUCUUUUGCGUGCCGAAGCUUUAGAGUCAUGGCAGGACAUGAACAGUACGGAGCAAGCGCACACCGCCACCAUGCUACUGGACGUCAUGGAGAAAGGAGCCUUCCUGUUGGCCAAUAACAUGUACAAUAAUCACUUCUCAGACCAUGCUGCCAAUGUCGAUCUAGAGGUGCGCGUGUUGAACACAGAGACAGAGUCUCAGGAUUUGUCGUUCCCUCAGAACGGUCCCAGUGACAGCAGCAUCCAGCUCUCGGCCUCCACCUUCAAACAGUACAGCCGCAACGGCCAGGUAAAAGUGGUCUUUGUGCUCUAUAAGAAUCUGGGUUCGUUCCUGUCCACUGAAAACGCCACCGUGAAAAUGGAAAUGGAGGCGGGGCCUGGUGGGCGGGGCCUGGCAGUGAAUUCACACGUCAUCGCAGCGUCGAUCAAUAAAGAGUCCAGUCGAGUGUUUCUGACCGAGCCUGUGGUGUUCACACUUAGACAUUUACAGCUGGAGAAUCAUUUCAGCCCAAACUGUUCAUUCUGGAACUACUCCGAGCGUUCGAUGACGGGCCAGUGGUCAUCUCAGGGCUGCAGGCUGAUGGAAACCAACAGCACACACACAACUUGUUCUUGUAGCCAUCUAACCAACUUCGCCGUGCUCAUGGUACACCACGAAACUGCCUAUCCAGGCAGGAUGCAUGAGUUGAUCCUCUUUGUGAUCACAUGGGUGGGUAUCGUCAUUUCGCUGGUGUGUCUCGCCAUCUGUAUCUCCACCUUCUGCUUCCUGCGAGGCCUGCAGACUGACCGCAACACCAUCCACAAGAACCUGUGCAUCAACCUCUUCAUCGCCGAGCUCCUCUUCCUCAUCGGCAUCGACAAGACGCAGUACCACAUUGCAUGCCCCAUUUUUGCGGGCCUGCUGCAUUUCUUCUUCCUGGCUGCGUUCUCCUGGAUGUGUCUGGAGGGAAUUCAGCUGUAUCUGAUGCUGGUGGAGGUCUUUGAGAGCGAAUACUCCCGAAAGAAAUACUACUACCUGUGCGGCUACUGCUUUCCUGCCCUGGUGGUGGGCAUCUCGGCAGCCAUUGACUACCGCAGCUACGGGACUAAGAAAGCGUGCUGGUUGAGGGUGGAUAACUACUUCAUCUGGAGUUUUAUCGGCCCUGUGUCCUUCAUUAUCAUGUUGAACCUGGUGUUCCUCAUGAUAACACUUCACAAGAUGGUCCGUAACUCUUCCGCCCUCAAACCCGACUCCAGCCGCCUGGACAACAUCAAGUGA